AUGGCAGAGCAAAAUUCUAAAGAGGUUCAGGUAUCCUUCUCGGGCGAGACGAGCUCCAACGAUGUCAAGGUCGACGGAUCCUUAGAAUUCGUGCACGAAUAUGGCGGGAAUGAGUCGAAACCGUCGUAUCAGGAAGCUUCGGGUGCUCCGGUGGAGAAUGUCUCUCCUCUUGGGCUCCAGGUCACUUGGUUUACUACGAUAUUCCUUAAUAUCGGUCAGAUGAUUGGGACUGGGGUAUUUUCAACGCGUAUGUGUGGGCUCCGUUGGUCUGAAUAUGCUAUUCUGGCACUUGGACUUCUGAUUGCGGGGUCUCAAUUGGCAGUCUAUGUGGAGUUGGCAAGCUACUUUCCCAAUCGAUCGGGUGCAGAGGUUGUCUAUCUCGAGCAAGCGUAUCCUCGUCCAAAGUACUUGGUACCAACUGCAUUUGCAGUCCAGUCUGUGCUUCUAUCGUUCAGUAGCAGCAAUGCUAUUGUGAUGGCGGAGUAUCUUUAUGCUACUGCCGGACACACGCCUACUGCAUGGGAGCAGAAGGGGCUUGCUGUUGCAUGCAUGACUUUUAUCAUACUUUUGGUUAUCUUCAGUACGAAGAUCUCGCUCAGAAUCUCAAACACCGUCGGAAUCAUCAAAGUCCUCACUUUGAUCUUUAUAAGUAUCACAGGACUCGUGGUUCUAGGAGGUCAUUCAAGAGUGAAGCAUCCCCGCGCCAACUUUGAAGAUUCAUUUGCCGGUACUACUGCCAAUGGUUACGGCUUAGCGAAUGCGCUUGUCAAAAUUAAUUUUGCGUAUGCUGGAUAUACCAAUGCUUUCAAUGUGGUCAAUGAAGUCAAGAAUCCAAUCAAGACCUUGAAAAAGACAGCUCCUGCAUCACUUCUUGUGGUUGCGACUCUGUACAUCCUUUGUAAUAUCGCUUAUUUUGCAGCUGUACCCGAAGCGUCCCUCAAAAAGUCCUCUCAACUGGCUGCCUCCCUCUUCUUCAGCGCCGUAUUUGGAUCUAGCCGCGCGUCCCGUGCUCUUAACUUUCUCAUCGCCCUCAGCGCCUUCGGAAACAUCAUCUCAGUCAUCAUCGGAUCCUCCAGAAUAAUCCGAGAUUGCGGUCGUCAAGGCGUCCUACCCUAUCCAAGAGUCUGGGCCUCUACCCGUCCAUUCGGGACGCCCCUCGCUGCAUAUGCAUUAAAAUGGAGCUUGACCGUCUUGAUGAUCCUCGCUCCUCCUGCUGGCGACGCUUUCAAUUUCAUUGUGGACCUGCAGUCUUACCCUGCGAACGUCUUCUUUUUCGCUACAACCUUCGGUUUACUACUUAUUAGACGUCGACGCUCGAGGUUGAAUCUACCGAAGACAGAAUUCCGCGCUUGGUAUGCUGCUAUCUUCUUCUCGCUGGCGGUGAAUGUCUUCAUCCUGGUUAUGCCGUGGUAUCCCCCACCUGGCGGGAGGGAUGGAGGAGAUGUUACUUUUUGGUAUGCUACGUAUUGUGUCGUUGGACUUGGAAUUCUUCUCAUUUGCGCGAUCUACUACGCUUUCUGGAUAUAUAUCCUGCCGCAUUUUGGGGGCUAUCGGAUUCGCCAGGAAUUGAUAGUGCUGGAGGAUGAGAAUGCGAAGACGCAUCGAUUGGUCAAGGUUCCGGUCGCUGAAUUGGAGCUUUGGGAUGCGGAGCAUGACGUUCUGGGGCAAAAGCUGGGGGUCUCGUCAUUUGGAAAACUGCCUGCUGAUAACUCGAAUUUUGGCCAUGAGAAGAAAGAUGAUUGAACUUUGUUCGGUGGGUUUCAACAACGAAAGAUGAGAUAGGGCCUAGGUGAGAGUAAUUAAUUUAAUAUUGUCAAGGUUGAGGUAAAUGUUCAAGUAGAAGACGAUGUUGAUUGCGAC